CGCCGCUGCCGCCACUGCCGUCGGGGAAGGUCCCCGAGCGGACAUGACCUCGCGCGGCGCUCGCCCGGGCUCGAGCUCCCGGCGCCCCGCGCAGUAGCCCCGCGAAGAGGCGGACUCGACGGUGCCGACCGCGCAGAAAGGCGGGCGGGCGGCAUGGAGGCGGCGCACCUGCUCUCGGCAGCCGAAGUGCUGCGCGGCUUCUCGGUGACGGUCGAGGGCGGCCUGAGGCCGGAGCAGGUGUCUGCCGCGCGGGAGCGCUACGGCCCCAACGAGCUCCCAACUGAGGAAGGGAAGUCCCUGUGGGAGCUGGUGCUGGAACAGUUUGAGGACCUCCUGGUGCGCAUCCUGCUGUUGGCUGCUCUGGUCUCCUUUGUCCUGGCCUGGUUUGAGGAGGGUGAAGAGACCACAACAGCCUUCGUGGAGCCCCUGGUCAUCAUGCUGAUCCUCGUGGCCAAUGCCAUCGUGGGCGUAUGGCAGGAGCGCAAUGCUGAGAGUGCCAUCGAGGCCUUGAAGGAGUAUGAGCCUGAGAUGGGCAAGGUGAUCCGCUCAGACCGCAAAGGUGUGCAGAGGAUCCGCGCCCGGGACAUCGUCCCUGGAGACAUUGUGGAGGUGGCAGUGGGAGACAAAGUACCGGCUGACCUCCGCCUCAUCGAGAUCAAGUCUACCACACUGAGAGUGGACCAGUCCAUCCUGACAGGUGAAUCCGUGUCUGUGACCAAGCAUACAGAUGCCAUCCUAGAUCCCAGAGCUGUGAACCAGGACAAAAAGAAUAUGCUCUUCUCUGGCACCAAUAUCGCAGCAGGCAAGGCCCUGGGUGUGGCAGUGACCACAGGCCUGCACACAGAGCUGGGUAAGAUCCGGAGCCAGAUGGCGGCAGUGGAGCCAGACCGGACGCCGCUGCAGCAGAAACUAGAUGAGUUUGGACGGCAGCUGUCCCACGCCAUCUCUGUGAUCUGUGUGGCGGUGUGGCUCAUCAACAUUGGCCACUUUGCGGACCCAGCCCAUGGCGGCUCCUGGGUGCGUGGUGCUGUCUACUACUUCAAGAUUGCCGUGGCCCUGGCUGUGGCUGCCAUCCCUGAGGGCCUCCCAGCUGUUAUCACUACGUGCCUGGCUCUGGGCACACGGCGCAUGGCGCGCAAGAAUGCCAUCGUGCGGAGCCUGCCUUCCGUGGAGACCCUGGGCUGCACCUCUGUCAUCUGCUCUGACAAGACAGGCACGCUCACCACCAAUCAGAUGUCUGUUUGCCGGAUGUUCGUGGUAGCUGAAGCUGAAGCCGAAGCAGGCUCCUGCCGUUUGCACGAGUUCACCAUCUCAGGCACCACCUAUGCUCCGGAGGGCGAAGUGAGGCAGGCGGAGCAGCUUGUGCGCUGUGGGCAGUUCGAUGGGCUGGUGGAACUGGCGACAAUCUGUGCCCUGUGCAAUGACUCAGCGCUGGACUACAAUGAGGCUAAGGGCGUGUAUGAGAAGGUGGGAGAGGCCACGGAGACGGCUCUGACUUGCCUGGUGGAGAAAAUGAAUGUGUUUGACACCAACCUACAGACCCUGUCCCCAGUGGAGCGAGCCAGUGCCUGCAAUGCGGUCAUCAAGCAGCUGAUGCGAAAGGAGUUUACUCUGGAGUUCUCCCGAGACCGGAAGUCCAUGUCGGUGUACUGCACACCCACUAGCCCUGGCCCGGCAGCCCAGGGCAGCAAGAUGUUUGUGAAGGGGGCUCCUGAGAGUGUCAUCGAGCGCUGCAGCUCAGUCCGAGUGGGGAGCCACAGAGUACCCCUGAAUGCCACCUCCAGGGAGCAGAUCCUGGCCAAGAUCCGGGAUUGGGGCUCAGGCUCAGACACGUUGCGCUGCCUGGCGCUGGCCACCCGGGAUGCACCCCCCAGGAAGGAGGACAUGCAGCUGGACGACUGCAGCAAGUUUGUGGAGUACGAGAUGGACCUGACUUUCGUGGGCUGCGUGGGCAUGCUGGACCCUCCAAGGCCUGAGGUGGCUGCUUGCAUCGCACGCUGCCACCGGGCUGGCAUCCGUGUGGUCAUGAUCACAGGCGACAACAAAGCCACGGCUGUGGCCAUCUGCCGCCGCCUUGGCAUAUUCAGAGACGCAGAGGAUGUGGUGAGCAAGGCCUACACGGGGCGCGAAUUCGAUGACCUCAGCCCCGAGCAGCAGCGCCAUGCCUGCCGCACAGCGUGCUGUUUUGCCCGUGUGGAACCUGCACACAAGUCCCGAAUUGUAGAGAACCUGCAGUCCUUUAACGAGGUCACCGCCAUGACUGGAGAUGGGGUGAAUGAUGCCCCAGCUCUGAAGAAAGCAGAAAUUGGCAUUGCCAUGGGCUCUGGUACAGCUGUAGCCAAGUCAGCAGCCGAGAUGGUGCUGUCAGAUGACAACUUUGCCUCCAUCGUGGCUGCAGUGGAGGAGGGCCGGGCCAUCUACAACAACAUGAAGCAAUUCAUCCGCUACCUCAUCUCUUCCAAUGUAGGCGAGGUUGUCUGCAUCUUCCUCACGGCAAUUCUGGGCCUCCCGGAAGCCCUGAUCCCCGUGCAGCUGCUCUGGGUGAACCUGGUGACAGAUGGCCUACCUGCCACAGCCCUGGGCUUCAACCCACCAGACCUGGACAUCAUGGAAAAGCUGCCGAGGAACCCUCAUGAGGCCCUUAUCAGUGGCUGGCUCUUUUUUCGAUAUCUGGCUAUUGGAGUGUACGUAGGCCUGGCCACAGUGGCUGCCGCCACCUGGUGGUUCCUAUAUGAUGCCGAGGGACCUCACGUCACCUUCUACCAACUGAGGAACUUCCUGAAGUGCUCCGAGGACAACCCACUCUUUGCCGACAUUGACUGCGAGGUCUUCGAAUCACGCUUUCCCACAACCAUGGCCUUGUCUGUGCUGGUGACCAUUGAAAUGUGCAAUGCCCUCAACAGUGUCUCAGAGAACCAGUCGCUGCUGCGGAUGCCACCCUGGCUGAACCCUUGGUUGCUGGCAGCUGUGGCCAUGUCCAUGGCCCUGCACUUUCUCAUCCUGCUGGUGCCACCCCUGCCGCUUAUUUUCCAGGUGACCCCACUGAGCGGGCGCCAGUGGGUGGUGGUGCUCCAGAUAUCUCUGCCUGUCAUCCUGCUUGAUGAAGCCCUCAAGUACCUGUCCCGGAACCACAUGGAUGGCAUUCUUAGGACAAUCUUCCAGACAUGGAGUGGGCAGCCACUGACUACCUCAGGGACUCCAGGCCAUACUGGAAGAAAAGGACCACAAGUGAGUGCCGGGAACAGAGUGGAGUCUCCAAUGUGUACCUCAGAUUGAUGAUGCCCAAGCGUCCACCCAUACUCUCCACACUGCCAUCACACUCAUCGCUUGCUCACUGGGCCCUGCCAGGGGUCUCUGUCCCUGCUUCCGUACGCAUGGGGGGCUCUAUAAUUCAUGUAACUGGGAGUCUACUGGGAAGUUCAGCCAUGAAGCUCUAGCCCAGGAGCUGCAGCCUGGGAGGAAUCUGCCCAGAAGCCAGAUCCAGACAUGGACCUCCACCCCCAAAUCCGUGAGCACAUUCUAGAGCAGGCACCCGCUUGCUUGGAGGCUGGGCAUUUACUUGGUGACUGGUGCCUCUAUACUGAUGAAGGACUCCCAGAAUUUUGCCAUCUCUGACCUCUCACUUAGUGUCUGGUCUGGGGCCUGAUCAGUUAGGGGUGAGGGGGGUACAUCUGGGCCCAACUGUGCACAGCGAGGGCAGACAAGCCCCCUGUACUCUGUUUCCACAAAACAGAGGACUCAUGAGGGCUUGAGCCUCUUGCUGUUUAUAUGAGCAGGGGUUAGGAGGUCAGAGAGAGGCACAUGGUAGUAGGAGAGGGCAAGGAUCCGCUUCUAGGAGACCGCUGGCUUGCCCGCCUUGCUCUGGGCACUCCCAGACUCCGAUUUUCCCGUCCUAAAAAAAUGAGACAUGCCAAGUCUCUCUCUCGGUGCUGCCCAGCCUGCCAAGCAGAGGCCAGAUUUGCCCUUCGUGUCCCUGGUGCCUAAGACCCCAGACAUCCUUGGCUACCUGGUCACUGUACCCUUCCAGCCCAACCCUGUAUGCACCAUACCAUAGUCUGCACGGCUGGGUGAUUCCGAAUCCCCAGAAUCAGACUUUUGGCCUCACUCUUUGCCCCCAGUGCCACAUACCCAUGAGCUGCAAGGAUGUCACUAAAAAUGGCUAGUCACCCAAGGGCACGUCUUCCCCCUCCUUCCUUGCUGGAGGAAUGUGUGUCUACGUGGACCGUGUCUGAUGAUGGGACGAGUGUUUGGUGAAUGCAAAUGUUCUUUUAACUCAGCUUUUGCCCCUUGGCAAAGAUUAAGCAAAUGGGCUCCAGGUUCUGUGGCCUCUUAUCCCACCUCUUGUCCCUCCCCUCUCUCAAAGUCUCCAGAGAGGCCACAAGAGAGUUGGGCAGGGCUCCCCCAGGCACCAGCCCACAGAGAUCCUCUGCUUCUCUCCUGCUGAAGGGAAGGGAGAUCUUAAGGUUGGGAAGGGUGGCAGGGCCUUGUACCCAUCUGUGGACACGCAGUUGGUAGAGAAAUAAAGGUUGAGUACCUGUGGCAACAGA